GGGAAGCAGGCGAGCCUGGAGCGCAAAGCCGUCUACCAGAGGCACGUCCGGACGCCCAGCCUCCUGGCCAAAAGCAUCCUGGAAGGUUACCGUCCUAUUCCAACAGACCCUUACCUGGGAGGGAAUUCGCCCUUGCCACCCCCUGUAAGUGACAGGAUGAGAAAGAGACGGGCUUUUGCUGAUAAAGAGUUGGAGAACAUUAUGCUAGAGAGAGAGUACAAAGAGAGAGAGAUGAUGGAAGCUACACAAGCAGCUGCCCUUUUUCUCCCUAACCGCAUGGUGCAUGGAGCUGAAUACAACUCGUAUAAAGCAGCCUUCAACGCUGCUCAAGUUGAUACUCCGAACAAGGAGUUUUGCAAUUUUUUACCAGCCUGCCUUGAUCUAACCAUGCAGUAUUCAGGAUCCAGCAACAUGGAACUAAUUUCUUCAAAUGUCAGUGUAGCUACUACCUACAGGCAGUAUCCCCUGUCUUCUAGGUUCUUAGUGUGGCCAAAAUGUGGCCCCAUUAGUGAUGCUCUCCUCUACCAGCAAUGCCUGUUAAAUGCUACCACCGUCCAAGCUCUCAAACCUGGGGCAGGUUGGGAUGCCAAGGUCUCACAAAGUCAGGACUGUCCAAACACUGAGCAUGACAUCAUGUCUCCAAAACUGGAAAAUUCACUUGUUCUGACCCACACGCAAGACAUUCAACAGUCAUGUAAUGAGAUACCGUGCCUUCCUCAGGAAGCUCGUGAGAGGUCAGCUUUCUCUCCUCCAAAAAGGACUUUCUCUCAGAUUUCUGAUAAGGAUUCUCUGGCUCCUCAGGAGCAGAUAUUAAGCAAAAUCAGCAAAGACAGUACCAAGCCCUCUCCAUCACUCAAAUACAAUCCAUUUCAGUCACUGUUCCAGCAAACGUUUCCUGACAGAUCAGGAGCAGAGAUGAGAACAACAUUUGUAAAAGAGACUUUUGAAGAUGCCUCUAAGAAAUACAGAGAGUGUGCCAUUAAAGAGAACCAGAAAUACAAGUUUACAAUAGACAAACGUGCAAAAGACUUCUUUGGGGCCAAAGAGGCCACAACAAAACAUUCAACAACUGAGCCACUGUCAUUUUCAGUUGAAUCCAUCCUUAAACGACCUUCUUCUGCAGUUGCUAAUGUCUCUCAAUGA